CAAGAAAAAUGUAGUCACGACUCACAGAAAAAAAAAGAAAAGAGGGAAAAAAAAAUCAGAGCUCAGUAUAAAAAGGGUAUAAACGGGUGAACAAUUACAAUGCAUAGUAUUCGUACAGUGAUAGUUGUCACACUCCAUCCUGAAGAUCGAAGUUUCUGCAAAAGAACUGCAAAAAUCUACGUCAUGGGUCGUCUCGAGCUGACUCGAAGUUGUGGGAUGGAGAAAAUUUGGCUCCUAAAUGAGUCAAAAAUGAGGUCUUGUGGGGUAGAGAUGCAGUGAUUAUACAGUAUACAUCAGUGUAAGUAUAUAGAGUAGCGUAAUGCAAUAGAAAUUAUGCAGAAGAAGCGAAGAGCGGCUUAUGGUUACUAUUCAUCCUCGCCAGCAAGUUCGAAAGCAAACAGUGCUAUAAAGUUGAAGCGCGCAUUUUUUGUAGGGAAAAGGGGCGGGCCCUGCACCACGCCCAUUAUGUCUUUUGACGAUGGUAAUGAUGAUAAUGGGUUGAGGGGUUUUGGAGUAGAAGAGGAGCCCCGCCCCUCAACGGUAAUGAGAAAAGAGUGUGUUUCUGCAAGAAAGCUGGCUGCUAAUUUGUGGGAGUUGCAGGAGAUCCCGGUAAUUUCAGGGGGAAUGAAGAAAAGUGGGAGGCUUUCUGGAAGGGAUGGAGGAGGAAAAGAUAGAUCGCAGCUGCUGCAGUUGCCUUCGCAUCUUGCUGAUCCUCCUCACAGUCCCAGGCUUCAGGUAGCACCAAGUAAUGGUAGCCUCAGAAAACAAAUUGCUUUCUCAUUGAUACAGCAGCAAGGAUCUAUUGACAGAAAUGGUGGUGCUCUACAGCCCCUAUCACCAGCAAGCUGUAGCAGCUCGGUAGAGGUUGGAGCUCAUAAUCAAGCAAUCACCCCAACAAGCUCACUGGACCUAAAGAUACGACCAAGAGAAUCAGGCUAUAGUCUGGCAACUUCGACAGAGUUGUUGAAGGUCUUGAACCGUAUAUGGAGCCUUGAAGAGCAGCAUUCAUCAAGUAUGUCCUUGGUAACAGCAUUACGAGUGGAGUUAGACCAUGCUCGAGCCCGGGUACAAGAGUUGAUGCAAGAGCAGAAAGCUGAUCGUCACCAAAUUGAUAACUUAAUCAAAAGAAUUGCAGAUGAGAAGAUGGUAUGGAAAAGCAAGGAGCAAGAUAAAAUUAGAGCAGCUGUUCAAUCUGUCAGGGAAGAACUUGAAGAUGAAAGGAAGCUACGAAGGAGAUCAGAAAGCCUACACAGAAAGCUAGCACGAGAGAUCGCUGAAAUAAAAACAGCAUUUGCAAAGGCAUUGCAAGACAUGGAAAGGGAUAGGAAAUCCAGAGAAUUAAUGGAGGAUUUCUGUGAUGAAUUGACAAAAGAAAUUCUGGAGGAUAAUUUAGAGGCAGAUGAUGAAAAAGAGGAAUCAGCCAGUGUUAGAAAGGAGGCUGCAAGUGGACAGCAAAUUCUUCAGUUGGCUGAAAUCUGGAGGGAAGAAAGGAUUCAAAUGAAGCUGGCUGAAGCUCGUUUUGAUCCUGAUGAAAAAAAUGAAAUUAUAGAUAGGCUGAGAACUGAACUAGAGUCCUUUUUGAAAGCAAAAAGAGCUAACAACUUCAGGAAUGAGAUGCAGUAUCAGAAGGAUGAUAGACACACAGAUAUGUUCCGAAGACAAUCACUUGAAUCGAUGCACUUAAAUGGGACUGUAAGUGCACCUCAAGAUGCUGGCGAUGAAGACUCUGCAGAUAGUGACCUUCGUUCCCUUGAAAUAAAUAGGGAUAAUGCAGAUGAUAAUAAUAUUAGAAGUUACAAAUGGGGAUAUGCAUCUGUUGGAAGCAUGGAGAAAAUAAAGGGUCGAAAAUCACGCGAACAAAAGAUAUCAUUCCAGGAAGAUUCCAAGGGUGAUAAGUCCGGUGAGCAGCAGAUAUCAAUUGAAGAUCACUUAGGGAGUGCUAGGUCAUGGCAUAGAAACAAAACACAUUUAUUGGAGAAGUUCAAAGGCAGCCAGGUAGAUAUUAUGAGGUUAGCAGAAGGGGGCAGAGCAAAAGCAAACAAGCAGGAUUUAAUCAAUAGGUCUUCUCAGAUUGAAGGAAAGCAUGCUCAGGAGGGAAUGAAUAGCAAGAAAAACCUGGGAAAUGACACCCAAGAUCAAGGGAAAAUGUCAAAGCAUGGAAGCAAUAAUUUAGCCAGGACUGAAUCAGUUCAAUCAGAAUGCAGUGUUGUAAAGCAGGAUCCAGAUAAUAUGACUGACUUCUAUCCAAGUCAGACAUCAUGGAGGUUUCAAUCUGUUGGCAGUGGCAUAGACCACCUAUUAGAUACUGGCUUAGCACCCAUGCAUGGAUUAGCUAGCCCAACACGCCAGUGGAGUCAUCAUCAUGCUUCUCCUGAUUCUGAAAGAUUCAAAAAUUCUUUUGAUCGGUCUAAAGGUAUUCGGGAAAACAGUUUGAAGGCAAAGUUACUAGAAGCAAGAUUAGAAGGCCAGCAGGCCCGCUUGAGAAGUUCAAAGGGCCUCUAGUUUCUAUUAUAAGGCACCUUAUGGACAAGGAAUUGCUCUUGUGGAGGAGCUUCUGCUCAAGCAAAAGCGCCAAUGAAUCAAGAGAUUUGGAAGCCAAAUAAUGCCCUUAGUUACUUUUGGAUACAUAUCAGGGAACUGCCAUCUUUGUCUUGUCAUAUAUGCAAGACCUCAUCCCUGAACCUGCCCAUCAACAGCAUUCUUUAUCUUAGCAUUGGCUCUAUGAUAGGGUGGUGUGUCCAUGUGUGUGUUAUUUGCUGUUCACGUGCUAGUGCAGGAAUAUGCAUUUUUCAGAUGUCAAACUACUGCAUGGUGCAUUCACUCUGCAACUGUUUGUACAUCAUUUACUUUUGUAAAUGAGAAAGUUUUGUCAAAUGAAAUUAACGUGCAUCCUUCGCUACUUGAAGGUGAGUUCUGGGGAAUAUGCAAGAAACUUAUUCUUGAUACAACUUAUCAGCCAAACUCAUGUUUAGUCUCCUAUAGCCUCUGUACAAUCUUUACCUGCUUAUGUUUACGUCUGUCAAUCUAUGUGAUCGAUUCCUCGAACUAGAAACUUAAUCCUUGAUACAACUUCUCAGCCAAACUCGUGUUUAGUCUUCUCUUGCAUCCGUACAAUCUUCAUCUGCUUAUGUUUUGGCUGGUCAAUCUAUGGGAUCAAUUUUUCAGAUGCAGCUUUUUAAAAUUGCACAUAUUCGGGGUGAUGUAAAAAUGCAGGCUUUGUAUUGCACUUGAGCCAUUUAUCUAUAAGCAGUAGCAUAACAUCUCUCUUGCUAUCA